CUCAAAUAAUUGUACCAAGUGGCAAAACCAAGAUCUCAGAAUAAUUCUGCCCCCUACAACAGGCCCUCCGAAUGGCAACGCCCUUCGUAGGCGGUUAAACAGACAGGUGCGUUGUGAGGACUACCGUUAAAAAUGUCGUGUUCGUUGCCACCCUUGCGCUUUCAAGGUAUUACCGUUGCCCAACAGUCCCUGGAAUCGAUCCAGGAAGGUUACUGUCCCACAUGGCUCCCCUGUGCAGAACAACAUAAAAUAGACCCACUAUUGCUGCUGACCCACCCAUCCGGUCAUGUUUCCCUACAGAACUCUGUUGGCUGUCAUCCCUCUUUACCUGCUCGCAGUUUCCGCGUCCCCAGUUAACCCAGCAUCUGGUGAUACUGGCAAGGUCACGCUCGGCUUCGUCGCCGGGCUAAAUGCGAUAGGCAUACCCAACAUUGCUGACGCAGACCGCGCUCGUAUCAAAUCUAUGCGAAGGAAGGGGGGUCAUAUAAAACGCGAUGCUUCCGUCAGCGUCACCAACUUCCUACAAAUAUACACCGCUCACGUUAGCGUCGGAAGUCCACCGACGGAAUACACUCUGCUGAUCGACGCGGGAAGCUCCAAUACGUGGAUUGGCGCGAACAAACCCUACACUCCCACAAGCACCAGCUACUAUACUGGCAACACCAUCAAUGCAUCGUUCGGUUCCGGAAGCAUUUUUGGGGUCGAAUAUAUAGACACAGUAUCACUUGGAAAUGGCCUUACCAUCAACCACCAAUCCAUCGGUGUCGCCACCCAGUCCCAGGGCCUUAACGGCACUGGUAUCGAUGGCUUUCUUGGCCUCGGUCCUGCAGACCUCACCCAAGGCACCGUCUCCAAUACGAACACCGUACCCACCGUGGUUGACAACCUAUACAGCCAGGGAACGAUCAGUAGUGCUGUGUUGGGGAUCUACUUCAUCCCGGCCUCUAAUUCCAACUCAGGCGAGCUCACAUUUGGUGGCUACAACCCAUCCGUUAUCGCCGGCCCCAUAAAUUACACACCGAUCACGAGUACUCCUCCCUCGAGUCUCUGCUGGGGAUAUAAUCAAUCUAUCACGUAUGGUGGAAGGACGAUCUUACCCAACACGGCUGGUAUCGUUGACACCGGCACCACUUUGAUCCUCACCGCUACUGACGCAUUCCAGCUAUACCAAUCAGCAACCGGUGGCAUCAUGGAUAAUACCACCGGGCUGUUGCGCAUCACGCCAUCACAAUACAACAACCUCCAAACGCUGAGCUUCCACAUUGGAACGCAGACCUACGACUUAAUCCCCAACGCACAGAUAUGGCCUCGGUCUCUCAACUCCGCAAUCGGCGGCAGUAGCAAUAGCAUUUAUCUUGUUGUCGGUGACAUCGGACAUCCUUCCGGAUCCGGCGUAGACUUCACGAAAGGCUACGUUUUCUUACGACACACGAGAACAGAGACUGGGAGUGACCAGGGUUUGCGGUGCAUUCAAGAACAAAGUGUACUUGAGAGCUUCCGCAGUGCACGAAGAUCUGUAGCGCCGAUGAGGUACCAAAGAUCCUCACUUUGACAGAAAACUCAGGUAUCAGUUGGUGGCCAUGUCCUCCCGAAAAAAUAUAACAUAUCUUUUCUUAUGCAAGCAGAAUGUCCUUUGCUUGUAUUCCGAGCUCCUUUUCCAUUAGGAAGUUUCUG